CAACUGUAUCUCUUUGUUCAGGUAAAAGGACAGCAUGGUGAGGGUCAGCGUAGUCAAUGAUGCGCUCAAGUCCAUGUACAAUGCUGAAAAGAUAGGGAAACGUCAGGUCAUGAUCAGACCGGCAUCCAAGGUGAUCAUCAAGUUCCUGACAGUCAUGCAGCGCCAUGGCUACAUUAGCGAGUUCGAGUACCUUGAUGACCACAGAGGUGGGAAGAUCGUGAUGGAGCUGAAUGGCAGGCUGAAUAAAUGUGGUGUUAUUAGCCCACGAUUUGAUGUAGGUGUUAAGGAGAUCGAGGGAUGGACGACGAGGCUUCUUCCAUCUCGCCAGUUUGGCUACAUUGUCCUAACAACUUAUGUUGGAAUUAUGGACCAUGAGGAGGCCCGCCGUAAGAAUGUUGGUGGCAGGGUUCUAGGUUUCUUCUACUAAAAAGGUGUUUUUUGAGCGACAGAUGCGUCCAAGAACUCAUCUGAUCUUUUGAGGUUUGUUAAGACUAGGUGUCUGAGCCUUUGUGGUUUGUUAAGACUGGGAUGUGUCAUGUAUUUCAGAAAUUGGGAUUUUUAUGAGAUGUACCCGC